CAGAAUGUAAAGACAAGUCCAUUGCUCUAAAAAAAUUGUAAAGCGGUAAAUUUGUCAUUUUUACACAACACAAACUUUUUCUCAAAAAAAAAAGACUUGUAAAAGACACAGACAUGUACAUGCAUACAGUGGUUUUGAGUCUUUUUUGACAUUCAGAAUGUUGUUUUCAGUUCACCUGGGAGAACGCAGACAUUCUCCUUGGCCCUGGGCACCACUCUGAAUUUCCCCGUAUUAACCUUGUACAGUAUUUCAUACCAGGCUUGCUUUAUUAAAUAAGGUAGAACGAAAGCACCAUUUCAUCUGCAAAAACGCGUUCGUCGCUUCGUAUAUGGUUGCGAACUUAGGAUACUGAGAAUAGUAAGACGAAGACUAGUCAACUGGCAACUCUGCCGGAAGGCCAUCUUUCACAUGUGCUCCAUUGACUUGCCAUAAUCAGGUAUUUCUUCUUUCUUUCUCCUCUGAAAGCUCACCCUGCAAAGUUUCUAGCUCGCUUUUCUCAUAAGCAACCAACCGAUUCGUCUUACAGUCUCCAGCCAUGGGUCUUUCCAACCUCUUCUUGUGCAUCCUACUUGCAACUGCAGCAGCACCAGCACUGGUGGUGCUGUCUGUGGCGCAGCGCUAUGACUACCCCACAGCCAACCUCUCGACGCUGUGGAUCAACAACAAGGAUUCCCUCCCACACAGCGUAAGCUACACUGAUGGUUCGGCGGUGCGCGCCAUCGUCCUCCGUUCACCACAAACCUUUUUUGGGCCCUCCUUUGCUGCAGGAUUCUUCUGCGCCUCUCCGUGCAGCGUUUUCCUCUUUGCUGUCUUCAUUGUCUACACCAACAGUGGUGCCAGGAUCACCAUGCCGACUACUGGGAUCCCUCGGGUGGUCUGGUCCGCCAACCGGGCUCGCCCCGUCAAGGAAAACGCCACCCUUGAGCUUUCCUCAGAUGGUAACUUGCUUCUCCGUGAUGCUGAUGGUGCCCUUGUGUGGUCGAGCAGCAGCUCGGGGCGGUCUGUAGCUGGCAUGGUGAUCACUGACUUUGGCAAUUUGGCACUGGUUGAUCUGAAGAAUGCAACCGUGUGGCAGUCAUUUGAUCAUCCUACUGAUGCAUUGGUCCCUGGGCAGUCACUUGUGGAAGGUAAGAGGCUCGUAGCAAGUACCUCCGCAACAAAUUGGACCGAGAGUCACUUGUACAUGACAGUUCUACCCAAUGGAUUGUCUGCUUAUGUUGGAUCUGCACCACCACAACUCUAUUUUUCACAGCUUGUUAACACAAACAAGACUGGAAAUAGCCGAACAGAGGUCAUCUUCACGAAUGGCAGCCUCAGCAUCUUUGUGCAGCCCAAGCAACCAAAUGAUCCAGAUGCGAGUAUUCAAUUAACAGCAGCUAGGUCCACUCAGUACAUGAGAUUAGAGUCAGAUGGGCACCUGAGGCUGUAUGAAUGGCUCGUAGAUGAAUUGUCUGAUUCAGUAGGAAAAUGGACAGUAGUGUCUGAUGUAAUCAAAAUAUUCCCUGAUGAUUGUGCUUUCCCAACAGUAUGCGGAGAGUACGGCAUAUGCACAGGGGGGCAAUGUGUUUGUCCACUUGAGAAUAAUUCUAGUUCAAGCUACUUCAAACCAGUCGAUGACCGGAAGGCAAACCUUGGUUGUGAUCCAGUGACUCCAAUCUCUUGUCAGGAAAUGCAACGCCAUCAGUUGUUGACUCUUACUGAUGUUUCUUACUUUGAUGCCAGCCACACCAUCGUGAAUGCAACCAACAGAGAUGACUGCAAGCAAGCCUGCUUGAAUAAUUGCUCCUGCAGAGCUGUUAUGUUCAGGUAUGGCCAGAAUGAUUCUGAUGGCAAGUGUCUGUGGGUGACGAAGGUCUUCUCCCUGCAAUCAAUACAACAAGAAAUUGUUCAUUACAAUUCAUCUGCUUACCUAAAGGUGCAGCUUAGACCUGCCACCUCUGUCUCUGAUCCAACAAAAAAGAAGGUGAUAUUAGGCGCCGCACUUGGAGCUUUUACGACUCUUAUAUUGCUUGUCAUUGUUGUCGCUCUGUAUGUAAUAAGGAAGGGGAAGUAUCAAGAGUUAGACGAAGAACUAGAUUUUGACCAGUUGCCUGGAAUGACAAUGAGGUAUUCGUUUGAUACAAUGAGGGAAUGCACUGAAGACUUCAGUAAAAAGCUCGGAGAAGGUGGAUUUGGAACGGUUUUUGAAGGGAAAUUAGGUGAAGUGAGAGUUGCAGUGAAACGGUUAGAAGGUGCUAGACAAGGAAAAAAGGAAUUCCUGGCAGAGGUCGAGACUAUUGGCAGCAUUGAACAUAUCAAUCUUGUCAGGCUGAUUGGCUUUUGUGCAGAGAAAUCUCAGAGGCUUCUAGUAUACGAAUAUAUGCCAAGAGGUUCACUCGAUAGAUGGAUCUACUACCGUCAUAACAAUGCUCCUCUUGACUGGUGCACCAGGGGUAGGAUCAUUCUAGAUAUUGCCAAGGGCCUAUGCUAUCUCCAUGAAGAAUGCAGAAGAAUAAUUGCUCAUUUGGACAUCAAACCACAAAAUAUUCUCUUAGAUGAGAACUUCCAUGCAAAAGUUGCUGAUUUUGGACUAUCUAAGCUAAUAGAUAGGGAUCAAAGCAAGGUAAUGACAGUGAUGAGAGGCACACCUGGGUAUCUUGCUCCUGAAUGGUUGACGUCGCAAAUCACUGAAAAAGUUGAUGUAUACAGCUUUGGAGUUGUUGUCAUGGAAGUAAUAUGUGGAAGAAAAAAUAUUGAUAUUUCUCUGCCGGAGGAAAGUGUUCAGCUCAUCAAUUUGUUACAAGAAAAGGCCCAAAGCAAUCAGUUGAUUGAUAUGGUUGACAAGAAUAGUGAGGACAUGGUGUUACACCAGGAGGAAGCGGUUCAGGUGAUGAAGCUUGCAAUGUGGUGCUUGCAAAACGACAGCAACAAAAGGCCUUCAAUGUCAUCGGUGGUCAAGGUACUGGAAGGUUCAAUGGACAUAGAAACAAGCAUAGAUUGCAUAUUUCUGAAUGCAAAUACAGUAAUGCCUGCCCAACAUAAUCAAUCGACAAAUUCAGUUCCACCUCAAGCAUCGGUCUUAUCCGGCCCGAGGUGAAACAGGGUGGAUAUGUAACAGGCAGAAGAAAUCCAACUUAUAAACUUGGGAUUUUGUAAUUACUGUUUUAUCCUGGUAUUUACACUUUAGAACUAUGUUUUAAACGGCAGCAAGAUGAUAAUUUCGAUGAAAUUGUACCUC